UAUUACCUACAUGUGUAAUUCCCUGUAUGAAAGGACACACAUUCUGACAGAUUAGCGCUGUCCCCUAAAGGGAUUCUGUAAGGAUACCUACAACUUGUUUAUAGUGUCGAUUAAGGGAUAAUCUUUUCCCUGUUUUCUGUUCAUCUCGGGGCCCCAUAACAGUGUGUGUGGAUUACGAAGAAGGCUGAUAAAAUUUACUGAGUGCGCUAUUAAUGAAAAUCAAAUUUGAAUUGAUCUAUAAAUCACACGGGUGCAGCAACAGUUUUCUUGCUGAAAUUUCAUGAUUUGAUAUAUAUACUGCUAUUGACAUCGAAACUGAUUUGAUUUCAAUCACUCUGGGGCAACAGCAAUUUUCUUGCAGAGAUUUCAAGGACUCCAGAUUGACUCGUCCAUAGUGAAUCAGUUUUAUAAAUCAAGAUUUUGACACAUCUGUAAGGAUCCAGUACCGUUGGGAAUUUGAUGACAAAAUAUCAUGCCGAAGUCAAUGAUAACAACGCUACACAAUUUUGUGUGUGUUUGACUGUUUCCGACAUUAAAAUUGAAUGGUGAAUCUUGUUUUCAUUUGAUGAGAACUCAAUUGACUGUUUUUGGUCACCUUAGAGAAUUGAUUGUGAAUUUUGAAGUUGCCGUUAACAGUGAGGUCAAAACGAUCGAGAGGUGUUUACGAUUUGGUGACCUGUUGGAGGAAUGACCGCCUCUGGAUAAUAUUUGUCACAGCUGUCCGAGUAGACAGCUGGUUGAUAUUGUCUCCGGCAAAAAUAUUUACUCUCCCCCUGUGAAGGAACGUAAAAUCUGCUGUCAAAACAUUGCUGCAAUACUGACAACAAAACUUGCAUGGUGCCAGAAACAGAACCAAUUUGAUGCUGACUUCCAAAUUUGUGUGAUGUUGACAACUUGGCUUUCUUGAUGUUGUCGACUGAACUUGAGGUCUGCUAUAGUGUCUAAAACUUUGAGCUUGGUCACAUGUGGAGUUCAAACAACUGAUGUGAAAGAACUUUUAUGCUGAACUGCAAUUCAAAAUUAUACAACUGCUGUAAUAAAAUCUGUAACAGCUUACAUGAAACUUCGUGUAUCAGUUUGGUUACUGAUCGUAUUUGUGAAAUUGGUUAGAAACUGUUGUGUUGAGUGACGGAAGGAUCAGUGGUACCAAUGCUGGGGAUGAAGGAGGAGAAAACGUCUUUGGUGAGGCUGAUGAACAGUCACCCCCACCGUUACCAUGGCGAUAUGGCCAAUAAAAGCCUGAGUUUGACCAGUGGUGUGUUAAGAAGGCCGGUGUUCCACUCAGCUGUGGCCCCUAUCUAUUACAGAGAGAAUAUAAUGCCUGAGUCACCGGACCCAAAAACAGCAUUACAGUCACCGCUAGCAACCAGCAUGGCCGGGGGAAUCACUGCCCGAGAUGUGCCGCGCCCCCACUCAAGAGGCAGUACCCUCUCAGUGAACGGAACACACUCGCCACUUAGUGGUCUGAAUGGACAGACACCGUCCCCGAACCUUAUGGUCAACUCGUCGGUCAGCCAACAGCUUCCUCCCGCCUGUGGCGCCCGACAGCUCAGCAAGUUGAAACGUUUUCUCACGACACUCCAGCAGUUUGGCUCCGACAUCUCACCGGAGAUUGGGGAGCGCGUCCGUACCUUAGUACUCGGUCUAGUGAAUUCUCACCUUUCCAUAGAAGAAUUCCAUGCGAAGCUACAGGAAGCGACCAAUUUUCCCCUUAGACCAUUUGUGAUACCAUUCUUGAAGGCCAACCUGCCCCUCCUCCAGAGGGAGCUGUUACACUGCGCACGCAUGGCCAAGCAGACACCGCAGCAGUUCCUCAACCAGAACGAGCACAUCCUGUUUGACGCAUCAUCAUCACCUAUCGACUCUCAUGACAUCCCGGCAGACAUUAACGAAAACGGAAAGCGUAGAUCACCCGACGGUAGACCCAAAGACAAUGGUGUGGGACCCCCUCACCUGGAUCCUGAACAUCCAGCCAAGCGUCAUCAUUCCUUGAGCCCGAGGGUUAGCCCUAAUGGCGUCCUAAAUCUUACAGCAGGACCUAUCCGCCUGGAGGACAUAAGUCUGUCACGGGAACUCCGGGAACGAGAGAGAGUGGAACGGGAAAGAUCAGACAGAGAACAAGGAGACGGGGACAGAGACCCAAACUUCUCUGCACAUUUUAAUAACAACAACUUCAAUCGGUCCGAUUCAUUUGAACCACUUGAGCGAUUGGACGAUGAUUGGAGACAUGUAGAAACGAUGCUCAACUGCAUAAUUGGAAUGGUGGACAAGACCAAGCGAGCUCUUUCCGUACUACAAGAGCGAAGUCUACGCGACCGCGAGGAGUUGUCGCUGUGGAUGCGUCGUCAUGCCGAAGGUCUGGACCAGGACAUGAAAAAACGCUCCAACGACAUGAUGGCUCACACUCUUCGGCACACGGAGGACCGUGUGUCAGAUGUCAGGCGCAGGGCAGAGGAGGCUGUGAGUGAGGUGAAGAGGCAGGCUAUGCUGGAAUUACAGAAAGCAGUGGCCGCAGCCGAGCAGAAGUCCCGUGAUAUGGUGAAUGCUGAGCGGCUCAAGAUAGAACAGGCAGUGAGCGAGGCUCGUAAACUUGCACACAGUGAGAGCAUGGCCAAUCUGAAUAAUCAGGAGGACUCCAGCGAGAGCUGCUGGAAUUGUGGCCGGAAAGCUAGCGAGACCUGUAGUGGCUGUAACAUUGCACGCUAUUGUGGCUCAUUUUGUCAACACAAAGACUGGGAGAACCACCACCAUGUCUGCGGCAAGACGCAGAUGUCAGAUGUCCGUUCCGACUCUUCUCGCAGUCACCGCUCCCAGGGUCCCGGACUACAAUCAGACUCCAACCCACCCCCAACCACCCAAGCAUCAAGCCCUGUCCGCUCCACAACUUCCCCCACCCACUCCUCGGGUGCCUCUCGCUCUAGCACGCCAGCUGAAACGAAACCAGUAGACACUCCACACUAAGGAAUUGGAGUAGGGGGCUAAGGUAUUACCUCCCCUGGUAGAUUUAAGAGUUAUCUACCCUUCACUGUAUAACUUUUGGACCAAUAUCAUGACAGACGGUUUAUUAUAUAUCCGUGUAUCACCAUGACAUUAAUAGAUGUUUUCAUCAAUUUUAUUCAAACUUAUGGCAGGAACCAUAAAUUCAGGUAUAUUAUGAGAUAUAUGGCAGUAUUCAGGAAAGUACUGCAAAUUUAUAACAAAAUGGCAGAGACAUUGUAUUAGCAAAUCCAUACAGGAUAUCCAAAAGAAACAUAUAUAUAUGUAUAUAUAUAUUAGAGACAGCAGCACUGUUCUGACGUGCAAGAUAUUCAUCCAGCAGUCCAGAUAUGUGGUGGCAUAGCAUCUUUCUGCGCUCAAGACACUUAACACACACCUAUCUACCUGUGGAAUGCGUAAAUGUCUUUAGAAGACGAAGGAGGUCAGUGAUGGACUGAAUAUCUCUAUCCUACUUGCACAAAUGACAUUUUAAGACAAGAUGGGUUCUGUGCACAUUGUAUAAGUUGUCGUGUUGGUAUUUCUAGGAUGGACUCGAAAACCGGCGAAAAUUCGGAUCAGCGUGCACUGGAAAAGGCCUGUGAUGGUGGACUACUAUGUGUAUCAUUGAGUGUGUAACAAAGAUGAUGUGAUAUUGUGUUUGGUGGUGUAUCGUUUGUUUAUACUGGAGACAGUUAUAGAUAUAUAUUUGUGCGUGUUGAUUCUCUGUAGCCGAUACGCAUGACUAAACGUUGGCUUGUAUCGCCAGGUGUCAAGCAUUUAAACAGGGUAUCAGUUUGUAUAUCACGAAGCAUUGUAAAUGCAUAUAUGCCUAUCUUUAGGAUCCAUAUACUGUUUCUCGGAAAACAUCUUUCUUGCACUGGCACCUUUUUUUUUUUUUUUAAAUAUUGACACCGAGUAAAAAUUUCCCGAAUCACUAAGAUAAUCUAUCAAAAUCUCUAAUAUCCUCCCCUUUCCCAAUUAGAUGUCUGGACUUUUAAAACUAUUUUGCACAGAGAUAACUUCCUCGACUCCAAUUUAAAAAAUAGUUUUAAUAAACCUCUGAUAUUUUUCUCCCAUUCUGAAUUCAACCACUUGCUUUUGAUCAAGGAUAAAUAGAACAAAACCUUAAAAGGGGAAAAGAAUUUUCUACUCUGCACUAACUUAAAACCUUACAAAUUUUUCAGAGGACUUUGAUUUCAAAUCUUGUUCUAUGUUAAUCAUACAAAAAUACAAAAAAAGUUCAAUUUGAUCCUCCAAGGUAUUAGAAAUACAUGUUUCUUAAUUAACUAUUUACAUUUUUGUGUGUGUCCAGAUUGCAGUUGCAUUUCGUCAGCAAAACGUGUACAUCGGCAGCUAAAUUGAUAACGUGUGUAUCUCAGUAAGCUUCCCCUCUCUUAACCUACAAUCAUACAACGGUGUGAAGAAAUCAAGGAAUUGCAGGUUGAUUCCGUUGACAGAUCAGGACCCGUGUAGUGUAAUUAUCAAUGCAUGGUUUAAGCCUUCCAAUUGAUAAAUAUCCUCCGAGAUCUAUGGUCAUUUCUUCAAUUAAAAAAGGCAGACAAUGAUACCUGAUAAACAAAUUCUUUGGUUCCUUUCAUUUCAAUUCCUGAUAAAGUUCAGGUGGCUGGACCAAAUGAAAUGAGUCUGGUUAGAUGAAUUAAAUUGGUGUAUUUCUGUGAUUAUAUUAAAUUAUAUUACGGUGUUAAAUGACCCAAUCCAUGACAAUAGUACAAAUACUUAAAUUAAUUAGCUUAUGUUAAUAACAAAAUUAGGAUUUAUGCUCUUUUCAAGUAAAGGGAUACAAUUUCAUGAUGGAAAACAGUAUUACCUCCCCUGAAUGAACACAAAUUUGAGGGCAGACAAUGCAAUUCGAUUUGGGAUUGAUUCUGCACCUCGAUUCUACAGAAAUUCUUCCGCUCAUCACUAAGUAUAUCAUAAAAGUAUUUGUUAAAUAUUAUUCCUCUGCAUUCUGUACUACAUACAGACAGGUUUGUUAUUUACAUGAGAUUUUAACUAUAACACUAUUUUUUCUACUAGAGCCGGUACGGC